CAGGUGUGUCGCCACUGGUACAACGUGGUCUGGGAUAAUCCCAUCUUAUGGACCUCCAUUGUCAUCAAUAAUCCCAACAUCGACAUAGACAGGGCCUUGAAGUACUUGACCAGAAGGCUAAGCUACAACACUCCUAAGGUAAGUCCACAAGGGCUAAUACAGCUACAGCUGGUGAUCAUAGGUUUCUAGGAAUGUAUGUGUGCAUCUGUAAAAAAAAAAAAAAAUGGAAUGUCUAUACAUGUGUACAAGUACAGUAGUGUAUUCUAUCCAUAUAGAUAUCAUGCCAAUAUCCAGUGGCGGUCCUAGCAAGUUUUCUGCUAUAGGUACGAACCAGAAGUGCAGCUCACUUAAUCAUAAAUAUCUAUACGUAAUCUAUUUUUACUAGUUUUCAAAGAAAAUACACUUUCUAUCAAUUUUAAAAUAUACAUCAAAAUGAUGAAAAUGUUGAUUAAUAUAUAUAUAUAUAUAUAUGUAUUUAAUGUACUAAAACAAACUACUUUAACUCAAUUGUUAAAUUAGCAAGUCUGUAAUAGAGUUGUAAGUGUAUAAGACCUUUACAUAUAUAUAUAUAUAGAGAGAGAGAUAUAUAUAUUUAAAUUUUAGUUAUUUCGAGACAGGUUUGGUUUUCCAUUUUCUCUGAGUAUUUAAUAAGAAAGAAUGCUCACAAAAAUUAAAACAUCCUCUGACAGCAAAUGUUACGAAAGUUUUUAGAAUAUCUUAUCAUUCUUAGUUUAUUUAAAGAAUAUCUUAUCAUUCUUAGUUUAUUUAAAGAUUAUCUUAUCAUUCUUAGUUUAUUUAAAGAAUAUCUUAUCAUUCUUAGUUUAUUUAAAGAAUAUCUUAUCAUUCGUAGUUUAUUUAAAGAAUAUCUUAUCAUUCUUAGUUUAUUUAAAGAAUAUCUUAUCAUUCGUAGUUUAUUUAAAGAAUAUCUUAUCAUUCGUAGUUUAUUUAAAGAAUAUCUUAUCAUUCGUAGUUUAUUUAAAGAAUAUCUUAUCAUUCGUAGUUUAUUUAAAGAAUAUCUUAUCAUUCGUAGUUUAUUUAAAGAAUAUCUUAUCAUUCUUAGUUUAUUUAAAGAAUAUCUUAUCAUUCGUAGUUUAUUUUAAGAAAAAUAUUAUUUUAAUUUAAAAUUUUUUUUUUCUUUGUUGCUUUGGCAGAAGCAAAACACUGAAUUAUUUCAGACGCAUCCAACUCUUCUGCAAUCGUUCUUCCGAUGAAUGUUGUAGCUAAACAAAUGGCACAAUCUUGAGACGUGUUAGAACUACGAUAAUGGUUUUUAUGAGUUUGAGCUUCGAAAAGUUUCUGUCAGCACUCGCAGCAAUGAUUUUAGUGUUAGCAACAGAAAAGUUUUCGUUGAUUUAAAAAUGCCCAAAUUUUAAUGUCAGUUCAUCUAAAAGAAAACAUCAAUUUCUUUACAAUUCGAAUGAAACAUUUUUUCAAAGAAAUUAUUAAGGAUUUUAUAAAGUUGUAAGAAAUUUUUAUAUAUUUUUUAAAAUUUAUUAAUUCUAAUUGUAUUCUCCCUAUGAAUAGAUUCAGUAAACCAUUUUGAAUUUACAUAGUCCAUGAUUUUCUUCCUUUCAAUUCAGGGCUAACGUCAUCAGUGUACAAAAUAAAUAUAUUUUUGGGGUAAUGGUUGAAAAAUUUUGCCGGCCCAUGCACUGGGCUAAAUAGUACUGUUGCGAAAAUAAGUAGAAAUUAUUGAUUUGGCAGGUUUUUAAGAUGACAGUUGGAUUUAUUAAAGAUUUAAAUAGGCUUUUUUUUUUUUUUUUGGACAUCCAGAAUUUAAGGAUAAUAAAUGGAGCAUGUGUUCAUAAAUUCAAUGUCAUAGCAAAGGUAGAGGCCACCCGGGUUGGACCAAGAUUAUUGCCACCAGUUCUAUAAAAUACUCUGUAGUCUGCAGAAAAUGCAGCCCAUUCAUAUAUAGAAAAAUGCCCCCUCCGCCCUUCCCUUCCUACACAAGAGCAUAAUAUAAGUGCUCAGUGGCGUAGGAACAGGGGUGGGGAAGAUGUGGGUUCACCUCAGUCUGCACUUUUUUUAUAUUGGAGGGUGGCAUUCUUGAUCAACUGCAUAGUUGUUUUUUUCAUUUAAUGGUGUUUUUUGUUAAUUAAAAAAAUUAAAAUUCUCUAGAAUUUGCUGCCGCUCCAGGCAGCCGCUGUGUCUAACGUCUGCACUGACAAUAUCGUUAACCUUACUUAAAUGUAUCAAACAAUGUAUACACACAGAAUUUAAAUAUACGAUGCCAAUAACUGCACACAUAUAUAUAGCUUUAUGUACCAUGUAUGCAUCAUUCACUGCACACACACAUUAUAUGACUUUAUGUAUGCGUACAUUCAGAUCUGUAUGAUCCUGGAGAAGAUUAACAUCAACGCCUGCUGUCGUCUUACUGACCGGGGUCUGCAGACAGCGGUCAAGAGAUGCCCAGAACUGAGGUACCUGGACAUGCAGAGCUGUCACCUCAUUACCAACCUGGGGGUUACAGAGGCGGUGUCAAGAUGUGUCAACCUGGAGAGGCUGGAUGUCACAGGUAGGUUGUGUUAAAUCAUGUCCAUCUUGAAAGGUGUAUUUAAACAUUCAUACAUUCAAUCAUUCAUUCAUUCAGUCAUUCAUUCAGACUGCUUGCAUUGUCUGGUGCCUGUGAAACAGUCGAGGAAAAAUUGCUUGUUGUCAGCGGUCCUCAACCUCUUCAUACAUUCUUUCAUUAAAGGAAUUUAUUUUAAAUUUAUUUUUAUAAACUUUUCUUUCACACUUUUAAAUCUUAAAAAUAAAAACAUUUAGAUCAUUUGAUCCACUGUAACAGUUUUAUAUUCAUAUUUAAAGGCAGUUAGUGAUAUUUUUGUAUUGAAAAUAUCAACACAAUAAGUCUAAGAUUAUUAUUUGAAAAAGAAUAUGAAUGACCAACCAAACUAAAAAACCAACCAAACUAAAAGACCAACCAGACUGAAAGACCAUCCAGACUGAAAGACCAACCAAACUGAAAGACCAACUAAACUAAAAGACCAAGCAGACUAAAAGACCAAGCAGACUAAAAGACCUAGCAGACUAAAAGACCAAACAAACUAAAAAAGACCAGUCAACUAAGAGAACAACCAAAAUGAAAGACGAGCCAAAUUAAAAGACCAACCAAACUAAAAGACCAGCCAAACUAAAAGACCAACUAAACUAAAACACCAACCAGACUAAAAGACCAAACAAACUAAAAAAGACCAGCCAACUAAGAGACCAACCAAACUGAAAGACCAACCAAACUAAAAGACCAACUAAACUAAAAUAUCCAACUGAACUAACAGACCAAACUAAAAGACCAACCAAACUAAAAGACCAACCAAACUAAAAGACCAACUAAACUAAAAUAUCCAACUGAACUAACAGACCAAACUAAAAAGCCAGCCAAACUAAAAGACCAACCAAGCUAAAAAAAACUGCCAAACUUAAAUACCAGCCAAACAAAACACCAGCCAAACUAAAAGACCAACCAAACUAAAAGACCAACCAAACUAAAAGACCAACCAAACUAAAAGACCAACCAAACUAAAAGACCAACCAAACUAAAAGACCAAUUAAACUAAAAUAUCCAACCAAACUAAAAGACCAACCAAACUAAAAGACCAACCAAACUAAAAGACCAACCAAACUAAAAGACCAACCAAACUAAAAGACCAACCAAACUAAAAGACCAACCAAACUAAAAGACCAACCAAACUAAAAGACCAACCAAAGUAAAAGACCAAUUAAACUAAAAUAUCCAACCAAACUAAAAGACCAACCAAACUAAAAGACCAACCAAACUAAAAGACCAACCAAACUAAAAGACCAACCAAAGUAAAAGACCAAUUAAACUAAAAGACCAACCAAACUAAAAGACCAACCAAACUAAAAGACCAACCAAACUAAAAGACCAACCAAACUAAAAGACCAACCAAAGUAAAAGACCAAUUAAACUAAAAUAUCCAACUGAACUAACAGAACAAACUAAAAGACCAGACAAACUAAAAGGCCAGCCAAAUAAAAGAGCAACCAAACUAAAAAAAAAUGCCUACUUAAAUACCAGCCAAACAAAAAUACCAAUCAAACUAAAAGACCAACUAAACUAAAAGAUCAAACUGAACUAACAGACCAAACUUAAAGACCAACUAAACUAAAAGACCAACCAGACUUAAAGACGAACCAAACUGAAAAACCAGCCAAAUUAAAAGACCAACCAAACUAAAAGACCAGCCAAACUAAAAGACCAAUCAAACUAUAAGAUCCAACUGAACUAAAAGAUCAGCCAAACUAAAAGACCAGUCAAACUAAAAUACCAACUAAAAUAAAAGAUCAACCAGACUAAAAGACCAACCGAACUGAAAGUCCAGCCAAAUUAAAAGACCAACCAAAUUAAAAGACCAACCAAACUAAAAGACCAACCAGACUGAAAGACCAACCAAACUGAAAGACAAACUAAACUAAAAGACCAAACUAAAAGACCAGCCAAACUAAAAGACCAGCCAAACUAAAAGAUGCAACUGGACUCAAAACCAAGCUAAAAGACCAGUCAAACUAAAGACCAAAAAACUAAAUAGAUCCAGCCAAACUAAAUGACCAAAUAAACUAAAAAGAUCCAACUGAACUAAAAGGCCAAACUAAAAGACCAACCAAACACACAUUUUAUCUUCCAUUGAACAACAUACACAACCAAUUUAGUUAAAUAAGUGUAACAAGACAUUGUUUAGGAUUGAAAAACACCACCUACAACAAUUAAAAGAACAUUUCAGCUACAUACCUUCUUCUGCAAUAAAAUACAAAAUGAGAAAAGCAAAUUAUUUGAAGUAUUAAAAACUCCCAUCUGACAGUGUAGCUGUCUCAGUCUCUGUGUGGACACAAAGGCCAAAUCAGCAAGGACUUAAGCUUUAGUCAGUAACAUGUUUAUACAAGUCAUGAGGAUACACUGACUAUUCAAUAAAUUAAAGUCAUAUUUUGACUUGUUUGGUAAUCUGUGAGUGGUGAUUUAUUCGAUUUCAUUAACUUGACUCACAUCAACAUUUCUCUUCCUUGGUGCAUUCAGUUGACAAGUUUGGAGGAUUUUCACAAAUAAUUUAGGCACAUUACAUUUAUAUCAGUAAAAUCUAAGUUUUUCCAAAUCUAAAAAAAAACGUGUAGAGACUAAUUCAUGCUCACCUUGACCUUGUGUCUGACUUUGUCUCCAGGUUGUCCUCAAGUCACCUGUAUCACACUGAUGGACUCUGUCAUUGCACAGAGUCCUUCUCACCUGGAGCGGAUUUACCUGAGGUACCUUGACAUGACGGACUGUCCUCACGUGACGGACGAGGAUUUGUUCAUCAUCACCUCACAGUGCCCACAACUCUUGUUUUUCUACCUAAGACGCUGCCCACUGAUCACAGAUCUGGGAGUCAGUUACAUAGCAAACAACUGUAGCAGGUAUGUGCUGGUCUUUUAUAUGGCAAACAGCUGUAGCGGGUAUGUGUGGGUCAGUUAUAUGACAAACAACUAUUAUGGAUAUGUGUGGGUCAGUUAUAUGGCAAACAACUGUAGAAGGUAUGUGUGGGUCAGUUAUAUAGCAAACAACUGUAGAAGGUAUGUUAAUAGCAUUUAAUCGCCAUCAAAUAAACUGAUUUAUUACUUUACUUUGUUCCCUAUUGAAUAAAAUGAUUUACUACUUUACUUUGGGCCCUAUUGAAUAAAAUUAUUUACUACUUUACUUUGGGCCCUAUUGAAUAAAAUUAUUUACUACUUUACUUUGGUCCCUGUUGAAUAAAAUGAUGUACUACUUUACUUUGGUCCCUAUUGAAUAAAAUGAUGUACUACUUUACUUGACAGUUUACGAGAGCUGAGCAUGAGCGACUGCACCAGCAUCACAGACAUUGGCAUGAGGGAAUUGGCCAAGCUACGAGACAACCUCAGAUACCUCAGUGUGGCCAAAUGUGAAAAGGUGAGAAAAGAAUUUUAUGUUUGUGUCAAUGUCGUUUGAAACAUGUGUUGUGACAGAGAUAUAAGCUCCUGGUCCACUCUUAAAACUGACUUGUUGAAAAUAUCAACACUACUGACAUUUGAAAGUAUCAACAAUAAUGACUGUUGAAAGUAUCAGCGCUAUUGACCAUUGAGAGUAUCACCACCUACUGACUGUUGACUAAUGAACUAUUUCUCUCCAUACUUUCUCCUGCAUCAAUGUAAUGAACUAUUUAUCUCCAUACUUUCUCCUGCAUCAAUGUAAUGAACUAUUUCUCUCCAUCCUUUAUCUUGCAUCAAUGUAAUGAACUGUUUCUCUCCAUCCUUUCUCUUCCAUCACUGUAAUGAACUGUUUCUCUCCAUCCUUUCUCUUCCAUCAAUGUAAUGAACUAUUUAUCUCCAUACUUUAUCUUGCAUCAAUGUAAUGAACUAUUUCUCUCCAUCCUUUCUCCUGCAUCAAUGUAAUGAACUAUUUCUCUCCAUCCUUUCUCUUGCACCAAUGUAAUGAACUAUUUCUCUCCAUCCUUUCUCCUGCAUCAAUGUAAUGAACUAUUUCUCUCCAUCCUUUCUCCUGCAUCAAUGUAAUGAACUGUUUUCUCCAUCCUUUCUCUUGCAUCAAUAUAAUGAACUAUUUCUCUUCAUCCUUUCUCCUGCAUCAAUGUAAUGAACUAUUUCUCUCCAUCCAGGUGUCGGACGAUGGUGUCAUUAACAUUGCAAGAAACUGCAGCAAGCUGAGGUACCUAAACGUCCGCGGCUGUGAGACGGUGUCAGACCUGGGCCUGGAGUUCCUGGUCAGGAACUGCCCCCGCCUACGUUCGCUGGACAUUGGCAAAUGUGACAUCACCGACGAAGGCAUGUUUGCCCUGUCCAGGUACUGCCCCAACUUGAAGAAACUGGGGGUCAAGUCAUGUGAUGGCAUCACAGACAAAGGGAUCGUGCUGGUGGCCUACAGCUGUCCGACCUUGCAACAGCUUCACGUACAGGACUGCUGCCUGUCGCCCGAUGCCUAUGCCAUGGUCAGGAGAUAUUGUAAGAGAGCCAUCAUCGAGCACACAAACCCUGGGGUGCUCUAGCUGGCUUGGGGUAGGGGAUGUAACCCUGCAACCAAAUAAAAAUAAAUAAGCAUAAAAGAUAUGAAGAGUUUAUUUCCCUUAGUACAGUGAAAAAAUUUUAUCAGGCAAUUUGUUUAGAAUCCUAUUUUUAAAAUAAACGUUUCAUCAAAGUAUUUUUAUGAAAUUUGAACCCAUAUUCAGCUGUUCUCAUUAUUAAGGUAUUAAUUAACUUAUAGAGACGUAAUGUUGCAACACAACUUCAAUAAACAUCAACAAUGGAUUCAGUAAAGACAAAACAUGAAAUUUGAGUACAACAAACAAGGAAUUCAGUGAACACAAAACAGGAAAUUCAGUGAGAACAAACAAGGAAGUCAGUCAUGCUGUAAUCUUAGUUCAGUUUGAUUAUAUUUUCCGCCAUAUAACACUAAGUGAUUUGUACAUCUGUGAUAUCAGUUACAGAAACAUGAACAUACUUACUGUCUCUACCAUGUUGUUCAUUUUUUUUUCUCUUUAAAAUGAUGUACUUAAUUAUUUUUUUUUUAAACCCAUUUAUAUGAAACAAAAAUUUGAAAUAGCAUCUUCUGCUAUGAUAAGGC